UCUCUCUCUCUCUCUCAUUCAAAGGGUCUUCCUCCCCCUCUCUCUCACUCUCCCUUCGUUUCUCACCCUCUCGUCUCGUCCCUCCACCUUUCUCCUCUUUUGUCUGUUUUCAUCUGCUGUCUCUUCAUCUGUACGGGUGUAGCCACCUCUUUUCCUCUUCUCCUCCGCCUCUUUCACAUUCUCUCUCUCUCUCGCUCUCUCUCUCUUUCUCUCCUCUGUCUCAUCCCUCCCUCCUUCUCACCCUCCCUCUGAGGUUCAGUUAGUCAGCUGCUCUGUCCUCUGCUUGCUGGAAGCCAUGUCAACAGUGCUGGAUGUGGAUCAGCUCACGAGCUGUGGGAAUGCAGUGGAGCAUGACAUUGAGACCCCCCACGGUGUGCUCCAUGUGACCAUGAGGGGCGUCCCCAAGGGCAAUCGGCCGGUCAUCCUGACCUACCAUGACAUCGGCCUCAACCAUAAGUCGUGCUUCAACACGCUGUUUAACUAUGAGGACAUGCAGGAGAUCACGCAUCACUUUGCUGUGGUGCAUGUGGACGCCCCGGGACAGCAGGAGGCCGCGCCGCCCUUCCCCACUGGGUACCAGUACCCCGGCAUGGAUGAGCUGGCCGAGAUGCUACCGUCUGUAUUGACUCAGCUGAGGAUUAGCAGUGUAAUUGGUAUCGGUGUUGGGGCCGGAGCAUACAUCCUAAGCCGAUUCGCUCUUAACCAUCCUUCCCUGGUCGAGGGCCUGGUACUCAUCAAUGUGGACUCCUGUGCCGAGGGUUGGAUUGACUGGGCCGCCUCCAAGCUUUCCGGCUGGACUAGCAGCGUUGUGGACAAUGUGAUGGCUCACCACUUCAGCACUGAUGAGCUGACGGACAACAUGGAGCUCAUUCAGACCUACCGGCUCCACAUCGCCCAGGACAUCAACCAGGACAAUCUUGGCCUCUUCUGCGCCUCCUACAGCAGCCGCCGUGACCUGGGUGUUGAGAGGCCAACUGUGGGCCUCAACGAGGACACUGUGAACACGCUGACGUGUCCCUCUUUGCUGGUGGUCGGUGAUACAUCUCCUGCCGUUGAUGCAGUGGUUGAGUGUAACUCGAGGUUAAACCCAAUAAAGACCACCCUCCUGAAGAUGGCUGACUGUGGUGGUUUGCCCCAGGUUGUGCAGCCUGGUAAACUGGCAGAGGCCUUCAAAUAUUUUGUCCAGGGAAUGGGCUACAUGGUCCAUAGCCCCAGCUUCCCCUCUCUACUGCUCAGCCACCUCAGCACCGAAUCAGUGCCAUCUGCUGGGAUGACUCGUCUGGGCCGCUCCCGCACCACCUCCUCCUCCAGCAUCGCUUCCAUGGACAGCAGCCGCGUGCGCAGCCUCAACAGUCCCCUGGACGGGCCCGGCACCGGGGGCCUGGACAACCAGAGCAGGCCCCAGACCAUGGAGGUCUCCUGCUAGGCCUCCCGCCCUCCCCCCUCCCCUCGGCAGGCAGAGCACUGCCCUGAGUGGGCCGCCUCAUCCCCACCUUUUCAAUCGGUUGUGUGUCCCCACUUUCCCUGGUCCCCAUGACAAGGGGCAAUGUAAUGUGAUGAAACCUGAUAAUAUAUUCCGUAAAUGCGUACAGAUAUGACUAUAUACACACAUCAGCUCUCUGCACACAAAUUCAGGGGGACUGAUAGAAGAACAAUUUAAAAACAUAUAUAUAUAGAGAGAGUAUAUAUACAAAAAUAUAUGCACACUCACACAUACAUACACACACUCUCACAUAAUCACACAUACAUAAAUACACACACAAACACACAAAGGGUCUUAAGUUAUGUGCUUUUUCCACCAAAUAAUUCCAUGUCUGAUUAUCCAUUACAGUCUGCAUGUCUUAUGUAUCUGUCAGUCAUCAUUUAUGGCUGUGUUUUUAAAAAUGUGUUUUUAAAUGCUCCUUUUUUUAUUUACAUCUGUGUUGUCCAACCUUUUAAGACUUGAUGUUCCUUUUUUUGAUGUUGGUUUGCCCUCAGAUUUCGUUAAUUGUGAUUAUCCUUUCAGUGGUCACCUCUGUAUUUCAAGGAAAAGCACUCAAUGAAAUAGGGCCAGGCAAUGCACAUAUUAUGUAGAGAAAAUGUUUUUAAACGAGCAUUUUACAUUGUUGACACACAAUUUAUUUCUGUGGCAAAGUAAAUCUAACAAGCUUCAUUUUGACAAGUACCUGUCUUCUGUUUCGUAGCAACACAUAAGCAUACUGUAGCCAUAGUUACCAAUGUGCUGCAUUUCCUGUUCUGCACUGUAAAAUUACUGCUCUGAUUAUUUCACUGAGAAACUAAGAAUGUUCGUAAGCUGCUGUAUUGUAAGUGUAACACUACUUUAGAUCGUAGUGGUACCUUCCACAUGGCCCAACAGAGGCUUGUCAAAGCUCAUUCUGAUUGUGAUACUACAACCUGCACAGGAGCACAUCUCAACACGCUACUGUAUGUGGAAUGUAACAUUUCUUUUCAUCGAGGAUUAAAAAACACAUCUUGACAGUAACAAAUUGGUAGCAGAACCCCAUAAUAUCCAAGAAAACAUGGGCUAACAUCAUCAUCGUCCAGUUACAUUCUGCACGUCACAUCACUGGCUACUUCCUUUGCCAUAACCAACAUCAUUUGUUUUGUCUGUUUCAGAUUGUACUGAUUUUAUUUAGCAAUCAAAUCCAGUCAUGUCUCUGAAGUGGAUAUAUAUGAGGAAAAGUCAUCUAGAUGAGCCUGUAGCAAAUGUGUUUGAUCAGUGAUGCUUCUCGCUGUGUGCUGAUUGGACCCAUUUAUACUGAACUUACUACUGAAUAAAAGCUAGGCCAUGUAUGUGU